AUGGAGUUACUGUUAAUAGUAUUGCCUGAAGUGAUGUGCAAGAAUCUGAGCCUUCAAUGCGACUUUCAGGAGCCUCUUCCUAUUCAGCACACCUAUCAUCAGCUUGGAGACAUUAACAUUGCUGGCAUUAUUUCUGUAUUCUCAACAUAUUCUGAUCCCAUUGAUUUCAGUCAAGAUCCUUCUCAGGGAUUUCAAGAUGGACUUAUAAUAAUUUUUCAGAAUUACCAGCAUAUCCUGGCUUUAGUGUUUACUGUAAAAGAGAUCAAUGAAAAUCCCCAAAUCUUACCCAACAUCACGCUGGGCUUCCACAUUUUUAACAGCAAUUUUAGUCCAAGCUGGACUUACUUUGCCUCAAUGUUGCUGCCUUUUACUCAGGGCAAAUUCAUCCCUAACUACAAGUGUGGGGUCCCAAAUACCUUGGCUGCAGUCAUUGGGGCACCUGACAUCUCUCUUCACAUGGCAACUGUGCUGUGCGUCUACAAAGUUCCUCAGGUUCAUUCUUUUCUGAGGAGUGUCAGUUUCAACAAUAAUGUUGGUGAACAGAUCGCCUUUGAUAAAAAUGGAGAAUUUGUUGGUGGAUUUGAUAUUAUCAACUGGAUCACAUUCCCAAACCAAUCCUUUGCUAGAAUCAAAAUUGGAAUGAUAGAUCCCACAGCUCCAGCAGAGAAGUUCUUCAAGAUUUCUGUAGAUUCCAUCACGUGGCCAGUAGGCUUUAAUCAGGCAUUACCUUUAUCCUUAUGUAAUGAUCCUUGUGAGACAGGACACAGCAAGGCCAAGAAAGAAGGGGAGUCAUUUUGCUGCUAUGAUUGCCAUCUGUGUCCAGAUGGGAAAAUCUCAAAGGAGAAGGACAUAGAUGACUGCUCUCCAUGUCCAGAAGAUCAAUAUCCAAAUCCUGGGAAAAAUAUGUGCAUUCCAAAGCAGAUCAUCUUUUUGUCCUAUGAAGAACCCUUGGGGAUCAGUCUGACUAUUCUUUCUCUUUGCUUUUCUUUAAUGACAACUUGGAUAAUAACAGUCUUCAUGAAACACAAAGACACUCCCAUCGUCAAAGCCAACAACCGGAAUCUCACUUAUACACUCCUACUUUCUCUUCUCCUCUCUUUCCUUUGUGUCUUUUUAUUUGUUGGCAGACCAGAUAAGAUUUUGUGUCUCCUUCGACAACCAGCUUUUGGACUCAUCUUUUCUGUAGCAAUUUCUUGUGUCUUGGCCAAAACCUUUGUUGUAGUUCUAGCAUUCAUGGCCACCAAACCUGGUUCCAAAUUGAGGAAAUGGGUGGGUGGAAGAAUGGUCAGUUUCAUUCUUCUAUCCUGCUCCCUUAUUCAAAUAUGUGUUUGUGCUGUGUGGCUGAUAACAUCCCCACCAUACCCAGAUUUUGAUGCACAGUCAAUGUCUGAAGAAGUCAUCCUGGAGUGCAAUGAAGACUCUGUCAUGUUCUACUGUGUUUUGGGCUUUAUGGGUUUUCUUGCUCUGCUGAGCUUCUCUGCUGCUUUUCUAGCCAGGAAGUUACCUGACAGUUUCAAUGAAGCCAAAUUCAUCACCUUCAGCAUGUUGGUCUUCUGCAGUGUUUGGCUAUGCUUUAUUCCAACCUAUCUAAGCACAAGGGGAAAAUAUACGUUGGUUGUGGAGAUCUUCUCCAUGAUCUCCUCCAGUGCUGGUUUAUUGGUGUGCAUCUUUCUUCCCAAGUGUUUUAUCAUUGUGAUGAGACCUGAGCUGAAUAAUAAACACCUGCUCAUGAAGAGAAAGUUUUAA